AUGGAAGCUACGUCUCGAGCAACAUCUUCUAUGGCUGGACGGCGAAGACCUAGACCACAUAGUUAUACAACGCAGGCAUGCGAACGUUGUAGGAAUCGUAAGCAGAGGUGUGUGAUAGGUGAGAAGGAUGGCAAAACUUGUAGGAAUUGCAUAGAAAGUAGAUCAGAAUGUACGUUUAGCAGAGCAUAUGAGAAUGCGGCAAAGCGGAGUAGAGGAGAAUCUCACGUAUCCGUCAACACGAUCGGGGAAGACUCGUCAGACAUACCAGAGUAUCUGGGCUCUGGAUUAUCAAAUGUACCCAGUAGAUCAGUAACGAAACCGAUGUCAGCUCCACUUGUUGCAGAUACCCAAUCUCAACAUAUCCCAUUAUCUCCCCAUUUUGCAUCCACCCAUGUACAUUCAGGUAACCUGAAUUUCGAUCGAAACCCUUCUUCGACAGCGAAUCAUCCUACUUCCACAUUCACAGAUUCAUUCCCACCUGGCCUUGACCUGCAGAAUUGGAUGUUAUCCUUAGACGAUCAGAGCCGACCUGGCUUGCAAUCACCACCACAAGGAUCACAAAUACAGCAACAUGCUCAAACACAAUAUCUUCAGUCCCUUCCUUCUUAUCCCAGGGGGAGCCCUCCCUUGGGUGAGCCUUCACUGCUUCCUCAGUCUCGACCACCUCAUUUAGUUCAGCCUUACUCUGUUGUAGAUCUACAAGCACCGCAGAUGCCCUCUGCGGACGCAGACUCGACGGCCCAAAACAUACAACCAUCAUCUUUUUCGUCUUUUGAUCAUACCCAAUCCCUACCAGCCGCCGCCACAGAUACUUUUACCCAUCCUCCUCCUCCAGCUGUUCGACCUGGAUUGCCAAGUCGACUACCCACAUCCCCAGGUAGCGAGCUGCACAGUGAAGAAUCUCUGGAAGAUGCAGCUAAGGGAUUAGCUAUGAUAUCUUUAGAAGCUGCUGCUGAACCGCACUAUGUCGGAGAGUCCUCUGGAUCUCUCUGGAGAAGCGUAAUUGCCGGAGGAAUGCAUUCUCAGACACAACAGCUUGAUGGAUUAAGAAGGGGGAUACACUCAACCCAUCGACAGGUGUCUUCAGCUUCGGCUCAACAUCAACAAGGUGAACCAUCCAUCGCCGUCAUACGACAAAUUGUUCAGCGACCUAUACCCAUCGACACGGCAAAUUCACUUCUAGAGACGGUGUUCAGACAUCUUCAUCCUCGUUACCCUUUCAUGGAUUGGGUAACCUUCGAGCACCAAUGGGAAAGAAGGGAUGAGAUCUUAUCUGAGGUAGGACAAGGAGUCUUUUUGGACAGAGCAUCUUCUACGGCAGCCUUCUUUAUCCUGAUGAUACUUGCCGUUGGGGCUCAAUUGUGUAAAGAACGUCCAAUAUCUGGCUUGCUCCGACCUGAAGAUUACUACAACUUAGCAGCACCUUAUCUGAGUGUUAUCGUUACUUUGCAUAACCUUCCCAAUAUACAAGGCUUGCUUCUCCUGGCGGUCUACUCUUUACGUGACAGCAAAGGUCCAUCUGUAUGGUACCUAUCCGGCGUCACACUGAGACUAUGCGUUGGUAUGGGUUUGCAUCGGAACGCUGCUGGUUGGGCAGUGCGGUCAAUGACGAAGUAUGAGAUUGAAAUGCGAAAGCGAGUAUUUUGGUCUUGUACUAGCUAUACUCUUGACCGUAUGAUGUCAUUGUUAUUGGGGCGGCCACCUGGUAUUUCCGAUGAUGAUUUCGACGUCGACCUUCCUGAACUAUGUGAUCCUAUCGAAAAGCCAAAACUGGAAAUACUGCAACUUGGCUCCAUGGCAUCAGCGAUCCACCACAUCAAAUUAAAACGAAUCGAGAGUCGUAUUCAACGGUCCAUAUAUAGUAUAAAUCGUAAAGGUCAAGCUACUGAUUACUGGGAGAUGCUGAACUCAAUGGAUGAAUGGGAACGGACUAUACCGAUCGAGGCAUCUUCCAAUACAUAUUGGAUGGCUCCCAGUUGCUCUAGCGAUUGGUUCCUCUUGAAAGGCGUGGAAGCGAGAUUGCACUUACUCAGACCUCUAUGUGCUGAAGGCCAAAAAGCUGGAGCCGUUUUUGUUACUCAUUUGGCCAAGAAUGCUGCUAGAGGCUGUGACAUACAAAAACGGAUGCAUCAACAGGGACAACCAAUGUCAAACGCUUCAGCUCAUUCAGCUUUUAUCUGCGGUCUCGCCCUACUAUACGCUGUCUUUUUACAACCGAAAGUUCUACCUCUCAAAGACGUUUUUCAGGCCAUCAAAUCUACGUCUAAUACACUUUUUGCAUAUACACAACAUGCUCAUUCAGCUGAAGUUCUGUACGACGUAUUUGAGGAUCUAUCUUCGGCGUGUAUCGAGCAUGUCAGCAAGCACGAGACAAAGGAGGUCUCUAACAGUCAACAUGAUCCGUUACCUUCUGUAGAUGAAUGGCAGAAAGCCUCUUCCGAAGCGACGAGCAAUAUUGAUCCGACGAUUGCAGGAGAGUACGUCAACCUGUUACAAACGCUAGGUAUCACGAUGGGUGUGGAUCGCCCGGAUCAAGCCCCUUAUACAGAGCCUCUAUGGGACUUGGCCGCCUUUACUCCUGGGAAUUUGAUGACCUUCAAUGACAUUGAAUACAAUGGGCAAGCAACAAAUAUGGCUUAG